GUACGAUAAGGCAAAGAGGUGACUCUGUUUGUCGUCGUCGCAGUCUUUGUCAAGAAUUCAUUUCACUUUUUAAAUUAAGACGAUUAGGAAUAGUGAAAGUAUUGCUGCAAUCAAGACAAGUUGUUAAAUAAAAAUAACCACACUGCCAUAUAACUCAGGAUAUAUUCAAAAAUAAAGCCAGAAAAAAACUACCUCUUUAUAGAAACUAUAAACUUCUUAGCCAUCUUGCUAUGAGCCCUGGUAAUAAUGAGGGACCAAACACACCGUCAAUAUUAGAAAUCGAUUUAAAAAAUACCAAAAAGAAAAAGUGGCUUAACAUGCAUCCCAAUUCGGGUCAAAACAAUGAAGCCACCGAUCCACAUCACAAUAACCAUCGCAAUGGCAAGUGUCACCCCAAUGACCAACAACAACAAAAUGGAACAAAAAAUGGCAACGCGACAAAUGGCUAUAAUGGCAACACUAACGGAACAAAUGGAACAAAUGGGACAAAUAACGGUGUAAAUGGCAAUGGCAAUGCUCGCCGAGAUUCGGGGCAUGUGUGGUCACCACUCCUGCAAACAGAAUCCACACCUCCAGAUCCGACAACAGAGCUUUAUAGCCCUAGCAAUAACAACGAGUGGAAGGACUCGGAGGAGAUAAAUAAUCUAAAAAAUGGCCUACACAUAGUUAAGGGCAAUAAUAACGGCUCCAUGAUGAAUGGCAAGAACGGGCUGGGACUCUCGGACAAGUAUGACGAACAGGAUCCACUGACGGGUGGCCUAUAUAGGCCGCAAAUUAUACCGACGCGUUCCGACGAGCUCAGCGAUGACGACGGAGCCGACUUGCCUGAGGUGGGUUCAGGUUGUGGGCUGUUUGGUUUUAGGCCACGAUGGGCUCGAAAUUUCGCCUCUACACAUGUGUUUAUGGUGAUCUUCCUGUUGGCGUGGGUGCUGCAGGGGAUGUUCAUGACGUAUUUCGUCAGUGUGAUAACAACAAUUGAAAAGUUGUUCCAAAUUAAGUCAAGGACGACGGGACUGUUAUUGAGUGCCAGUGAAAUGGGUCAAAUUAGUACGGCAAUGUUGUUGACAUAUUAUGCUGGUCGUGGGCAUCGGCCACGAUGGAUUGCCUGUGGCAUGGUGAUCUUUGCGAUAGCUUCGUUUUCGUGUGCGUUGCCGCAUUUUAUAUUUGGCAAACAGCUUUUGCAUUCGACGGCUUUUAUGAAUGGUGGUGGAGCUGGUGUGGGAUCUGUUGGAUCGUCGUUCGAUGGUGGCAAACAACAUUUGCUAAAUUCCAGUGGAUUGGGAUUAACUAUGAGCUCUGUGAGCUCAGAUAUGAAUAUGAAUUUGUGUUUGGUGUCGGGCAAUGGAACGCACAAUUCGAAUUCGGACUGCGAAGAAGAUGUCAAGCUGGAACAAGCAUCACAUUCAAAAAUCACAGUUAUUGUGCUUUGCAUUUUCUUUGUUAGUUUAUUGAGUUCGGGAAUUGGUCAGACAGCAGUGGCAACGCUGGGUAUUCCUUAUAUUGAUGAUAAUGUUGCCAGUCGACAAUCGCCAAUUUAUAUGGCAAUUACAAUUGGAGUUCGUAUCCUUGGACCAACAGCUGGAUUCAUAGUUGGAUCGUUUUGCACGCGUUGGUAUGUGAAUUUUACGGUGCCAGGUUUUGAUGCUACAGAUCCAAGGUGGAUUGGUGCUUGGUGGUUGGGUCCCGUCAUAAUUGGAAGCUUAAUGAUGUUGGCAUCUCUAGCAAUGUUCAGUUUCCCUAAACAAUUACGUGGACGACGUUUGCCAGAUGCAGCUUCAGAAAAAUCAGCACUCUCUGAGCCAGAAGAAAAGCCAAGGUUAAGAGAUUUCCCAAAAACAGUCCGCCGACAGCUGAGCAAUGAUAUUUUAAUGUUUCGAACAGCGGCUAGUGUCUUUCACUUACUGCCAAUUGCUGGCCUCACAACGUUCCUACCAAAGUACCUCGAAACUCAAUUCCGAUUGCCGGCUGCCGAUGCCAAUCUAAUAGCUGCCUUUGGUGGUAUUCUAGUGAUGGGAAUUGGUAUAUUCAUUUCUGGAAUUGUGAUUCUCAAAUUGAAACCGACUGCCAAAUCGGUGGCAGCAUGGAUUGCCUUUACUGCAUUUGUAUAUGCUUGCGGAAUGGUGAUUCUAAUGUUUGUCGGUUGUAAUAUGAAUGAUUUUGCUGGACUCAAAAAGGACUCAACAAUACAAACUACGGCGGUUUUUGAACCAACGUGUAAUCUUAACUGCACAUGUGAUAUGGAGAAAUUUGCACCGAUUUGCGGAAGUGAUGGCAAGACGUAUUUUUCAUCUUGUCAUGCUGGAUGCACGUCCUUUGAGGUGCGUGGCAACAGAACUGUCUAUUCGAACUGCGAAUGUAUUCCAGACGUUCCGGUUGAAGAAAAGGCAUACGAAGCAACUAGUGGAUAUUGUGACAGUAGUUGCAAAAACUUUGUGGCAUUUAUUCUAAUUUUUGCUGGUUGUGUGUUUAUGCACUCGACCUCAGAAGUUGGUAGUAUGUUGUUAAUUAUGAGGUGUACACAUCCAAAGGAUAAAGCAAUGGCAAUGGGUGUGAUACAAUCGGCUAUUGGAUUGUUUGGAAAUGUUCCAUGUCCAAUUAUUUAUGGUGCAGUUGUUGAUUCAGCUUGUCUAGUGUGGAAAACUGUUUGUGGCAAGCAUGGAGCUUGUUCCUUAUAUAAUGUUGAAGCAUUUAGACAUAACUUUUUGGGUAUUACUGCUGGCAUAAUGUUUCUAGCAUUCCUCAUGGAUCUAGUUGUCUGGUCCAAAGCACAUCGCAUCGACAUCACACCUGAAGAAGAAGAAGGUAAAACCGAUCCUGAAAGUGUUAAGCCAAUAACAGCUCCAGAUACAACGGUUUAAUGGCAUUAUUUAAAAACAAACCAUUAAAGUUUAUCUCUUCUUCAAUAAACUACAAUUAAUUUAUAAGAAACCAGCAAAUGACCUCAAGCCAUUGUUAAAAAUAUAUAUAAAAAAAAAAACAAAAAACAA